AGGAAAUCAACGCAGGAGCCUCAUGCAGAGUUCCUGAAGCAGGUUUUACUAAACAGAGUUUACUAAUUUUCUGAAAGGACGAAAACAAAUCAGCUGCGUAGCUAUGGGGUAGCGUUCCAAAAAGAGUUCAGUGUUUUUCCGCAGUUUGCAGCAGCGCCACCAUGUUGCCAUGGAACCACAUGACAUAGGAGGGAGGGUUCUAGAUCCGGCCACAAAAGAAGAGGAGUUACCGGGGGAAUGUGCAGGGAUGCAAACAAGAAAGUUUGAAGCUUGGAUUAGUUGGAAGCUGAAGCCCACACAGUACAAGCAGCAUUCAGAUGAGCUCCACAAUGAAUGUGACGGACAUUUACAAAGAAGGGAACAUUUCUGCCAACGGGAAUAUGAGCAUGCUGAACAUACCCCCACCCCUCAACAAUGCCAUCAACAUCUUCACCAUCAUCAUCCUCUUCAUCUCCAUGAUAUCCCUUGGCUGCACAAUGGAGAUUUCCAAAAUCAAGAGCCAUCUGCUCAAGCCAAAGGGGGUGGCCAUCGCCAUGGUGACCCAGUUCGGCAUCAUGCCUUUGACUGCUUUCGCACUUGCCAAAUCUCUGAAGAUGGAUUCUGUGAAGGCGGUGACUGUGCUCAUAUGUGGCUGCUGCCCUGGAGGAAACCUGUCUAACAUCUUCACCUUGGCCCUCAAGGGGGACAUGAACCUCAGUAUUGUGAUGACCACGUGCUCCUGCAUUGCAGCUCUGGGUCUGAUGCCCCUGCUACUUUUGAUCUACUGCCAAGGCUUCAGCGGCUUGGAGAACGCAGUGCCCUACGUGGGCAUCAUCAGCGCUCUCACCUUCACCCUGGUGCCCUGCGGCAUGGGUAUCGUGCUCAAUCACUACAAACCAAAAUAUACACCGUUCGUCCUGAAAUCUGGCCUGAGCAUCCUGAUCAUCUCCAGCAUCAUUGUGUUCUGUUUGUGUGGUGUGGCCAUCAAAGACGUGCUGUGGAUGAUCCUGACUGCCGACGUUAUUACCGUGGCGUCUCUGAUGCCCCUCAUAGGCUUCAUGCUGGGAUACGUCAUGUCCGCCAUAUGCAGACUCAGCCCAAAAUGCAGCAGGACUGUCUCUGUGGAAACAGGGUGUCAGAACAUCCAGCUGUGUGUGGCCAUCUUGAAAGUGGCCUUUCCUCCAGAGGUCAUCGGGCCCAUGUUCCUCUUCCCAUUGCUUUACUACACAUUCCAAUGUGCCGAGGCUCUUCUCCUGACCGUGUGCUUCAGAUGUUACCGAAUGAUCAAGUCACCAGCUGAGGAAACAAGAAUAUACACGAAUGUCAACGUGAAACAAGAGGAAGUGAAACGGCCUCAGUGUCUGAGAAGCUUGGAGGAAAAUAACCAAACACGAUAACCUCAUGGACUUGACUUUGGAUCACAUUAAAGACUGUUGAAUUCGGAUCUUUUUCAAUUCAAUCCAUCCAUUUUCUGAGCCGCUUCUCCUCACUCGGGUCGCGGGCGUGCUGGAGCCUAUCCCAGCUAAAAUCGGGCAGGAGGCGGGGUACACCCUGAACUGGUUGCCAGCCAAUCGCAGGGCACAUACAAACAAGCUACCAUUCGCGCUCACAUUUACACCUAUGGGUAAUUUAGAGUUGUCAAUUAACCUACCAUGCAUGCUUUUGGCAUGUGGGAGGAAACCGGAGUGGCCGGAGAAAACCCACGCAGGCACGGGGAGAACAUGCAAACUCCACACAGGCGGGCCGGGGAUUGAAUAAUAUUAUAUA